AUGGAUCCAAGUAAGAGAAUCAUCAGUCAUAUGAACAAAGGCCAUCAAAUAUCAAUUAUUGAUUAUUUGGUAGUUUAUGGUAAUGUCAAAUUAUCAGAAUUGGUUGAAUCUUCAGCUCAAAUUUCGGCCAUUAAUGAAACUUCCAUGGAUAUCACUUAUUUGACAAAAUCCAAUACAAAGCAAACGAAAACUUUUGAAUGGAAAGACAUCCCAGAAGGUGAAAAUGUCAUUGUUAAAGAUAUGUCUGACUUGAAGGCCAAAUUGGUAUCAAUGGCUAAGUAUGCUGCUUCCAAACAAGGUUAUUCACAUGUUCAACUUACUGAAUAUCCCGAAUUAUCCAAAGGAACCAUAGUCAUGACUUCGAUUUUGGCCAUUUUCAUGUUGGGUUUUUACGAUAUCACACUUUUGAAACAAUUGUUGAAGAACGAUCCCAUAACUUCUUUCAUUUCUCCUUAUUUCCCUGUCAAAUUUUGGAGCUUGUUGGAACUCGUUGGAAGGAACUUCAGGACUUUUGUGACUGGCGUGUAUGCAAUUCAUCUUGGAGAGGCCAUGUUCUAUACCAUUCCCAAUAUGAUCAAAUUUAGAGUCCCAUUGCCACAAAGUAUUUGUUGGUUUGGUCUCCAUUUCAUAGAGGGUUACUUAACAAUACUCCGUUUCAAGAAACUUAAAACUUCCAAAGGAGCUUAG